CGGCUUGCCCUGUUUAUUCCCAUCCAUCCUCAGCCGCUCUUCUGCACGCACAGGGAUGGACCUGUCUCCGGGGGACCCUCAGGCUGCCCUCCCUCCACCCACCUUGGACUAAGCAGGUACAGCCUCCCCCCCAUCACCCAUCCCGAGGUGUCAAGGGGACCAUGCCCCGGGCUCCCCUCUGCCUGUGACGGAGAGCCGAGGAAGCAGCUGGAGGAGGCGAAGCGGAUUGUGUGGUUGCUAAGUGUCUGUGACAGUCCAAUCAUGGCGCAAUCAUCUGAUGCAAGUAUUGUUGGAGUUCCUGAUCCGGAGGACAACACACCAAACAUGAUAGUCUACAGAAAAAUUGAAGAUAUCAUCACUAGAAUGCAAGAUGAUAAGGCCGGAGGGGUGCCUAUCCGAACCGUUAAAAGCUUCCUGUCUAAAAUCCCCAGCGUUGUAACAGGAGCAGACAUCGUGCAGUGGCUGAUGAAGAGCCUCAACAUUGAAGACCCAGUGGAAGCAAUACAUUUAGGAAGCCUUAUAGCAGCCCAGGGUUAUAUCUUCCCCAUAUCAGAUCAUGUUCUCACAUUGAAGGAUGAUGGCACCUUUUACCGUUUUCAGGCUCCUUAUUUUUGGCCUUCAAACUGCUGGGAACCAGAAAAUACAGACUAUGCUAUCUAUCUAUGCAAGAGGACCAUGCAGAACAAAGCAAGGCUGGAACUAGCAGAUUAUGAAGCCGAAAAUUUAGCAAGACUUCAGCGGGCGUUUGCCAGAAAAUGGGAAUUCAUCUUUAUGCAAGCAGAGGCACAAGUCAAAAUUGACAGAAAAAAAGAUAAAACUGAGAGGAAAAUUCUUGACAGUCAAGAAAGAGGGUUCUGGGAUGUCCAUCGACCUGUGCCUGGUUGCGUUAACACAACAGAAAUGGAUAUCAGAAAGUGUCGUCGAAUGAAGAACCCUCAAAAAGUCAAAAAGUCAGUAUACGGGGUAUCAGAGGAUUCUCAAUCACAAAGUCCAGUGCACAUGGCGUCUCAUGUUAUUAGAAAAACCACGAAAGAUGACUUAAAAAAACAGAUUCACUUCCUGCAUGUACAAUUAGACAGACAUUGUUUAAAAAUGUCUAAAGUAGCCGACAGCUUUAUUGCCUAUUCGGAACAGUAUACGGACUAUGAUCCUUUUCUUAGCCCAGCUGAUCCGUCCAAUCCAUGGAUAAGUGAUGACGCGACUUUCUGGGAUUCAGAAGUAAGCAAAGAGCCAAGCCAACAGCGUGUAAAGAGGUGGGGCUUCUCACUGGACGAAAUGCUUAAGGACCCAGUGGGGCGCGACCAAUUUCUUCGCUUUCUGGAGUCCGAAUUCAGUUCUGAAAAUCUCAGGUUUUGGGUGGUAGUUCAAGAUCUCAAGAAACAACCAUUGCAUGAAGUCCCAAAACGAGUCGAGGAGAUAUGGCAAGAGUUUCUGGCCCCUGGGGCACAAAGUGCCAUAAAUCUAGACUCCCACAGUUUCGAGAGGACAAGCCAAAAUGUCAAAGAUCCGGGGAGGUACACAUUUGAAGAUGCCCAGGAGCACAUUUACAAGCUUAUGAAGAGUGAUAGCUAUGCACGUUUCCUACGCUCCCAGGCCUAUCAGGACCUGCUGCUCAUGAAAAAGAAGACUGAGAAUGAGCAAGGUCGUAGAACUUCCUUAGAAAAGUUCACUCGCAGCGUGGGGAAAUCUUUGACAUCCAAGCGCCUCACUGGCCUCAUGCAGUCCUCCUGACAACCCAGAACAGAAGAACAAUCACUAGGCACCUGACACCCUCUGGAUGACGAUCGGUAUUAGGCAAGAACAUGGGUCUCUGUGAAAGCAAAAAUAAAGAGAAGAUGGGAUUUGUUCAUCCCCAGCAGAUAUUAUUUUGUCCCUUGUUUACAUCAACACUUUCUGCUUAAGCAGCUUCCAGGUGACCCUGAGUUGCCAAGUGCAUUCUUUUGUCUUUUUAGUUUGAUAUUUCAGAUCAUGCUGUGCGGUAAUGGGAGGGUCAACAAAGGAGGAUGUUUUUAGACAAAAUCAGCAAUAAAAGGAGACAAGACAGAUCCGUAUAACGUUAUCAUCUCCAAUCUCCUUGGCAUCCAGCUGCAAUUGAUAUUUUAACCAACAUUAGAACCAUAUUUACAUCACUUCAAGUUGAGAGAGGGAAAAAAAAAGAUGAAACACCCGAAACUGCUACUACUUAAAACAUUAAUGAGCCUGUUUCUCCUGCGACCUUUGCUGCAGACAUUGACUUUUUUUUUUGUGUGUGUCCCUCUCUGAGACAUUUGAAAACAUUUGCUCUGCAUAGUCUAUCCUUCCAAACGCAUGAUGCUGCUCCAAAGAUAGCAUUGCCAGUCAAGGUUAAAUAUAAGGUCAUUGGAUAAACUCAUAUAGCAAGUCAUGUUGAGUUUUUUUGUUUUGUUUUUUUCCUCAGACCUAAUUUGUUUUAAAAUUUGUUUUGACACUGCAUGCAUUUCAAGUAAAAUCUGCACUGUCGUCCACCGUAAACUUAACUUUUUCUUCCAGUUUAGCUCAUCAGCAUCGAAUCCACACACACACACACAAGCUAAAACGCUUGUAAACAUUAUGUGAAAAAGCAGAAAAAUCUGACUUUGAGGUAAACUGUUUUGACUUGUAUCUCACAAUUCAGCAAAUUAUCAGCUGAGGUAUAUACAUUAGAGAAAAAGGUAAUCACAUUAGAUAUAUUCUAGUAGAGAUGCAAGGCAUUCCCAAUGUAGUUGGAUAUAACAGAACAUGCUUAGUAUACUCUUAGAGAAACUCCUCCAUAUGGAAAUUGUCAAAAUGUCACCAGUAUGAAGAAAAACAUUGAGCCUUUGUUGGCACGAUUGCAUUUGUUAUUAUUAAAUGCUGAUGGCUUUGUGGGUAACUGUAGCAUUCUGGGUUUCUUUCAAAACAUACAUGAAUUUAACAGUAGUAAAAAUAUUUGAAAAGAAAAUAAUUUAAUGUACACGUUGUUGUUGGUUUUCUGUUAUGCUAGAAUGUGAACAUUCCUCUCCUGAAUGCGCCAAGUACAAAAUGAAACAUGUGCAGUCCUGUUUACGCCAUUUAAAUUUUAAAUGGUUUCUAAGUGUCUUUGUCAUCAACAAUUGGAAAAUUCGGUGAAGGAUAAAUAGUAUUUAUGAUUAAUUCAAACAGUCGCAAAUUGCAUUC